AGUCCUGUUAAUAUCCAGUUGAAAUAUUUGAAUGUGUUUUAAGUAGGACAUAUAAUGUGUUUUAUGUGAAUAUAAAUACUUUAUUUGUGUGCACACACGCCGAUGACAUCAUACAAUGUUUUUACCAUAGACCGCCGUAAUGGUUUUUCAGUGCCAUGGCGUACCACGACGACAAAGACUCGCUGGAGGCAUGGCUCGAAAAAGCCACCCAUCGAACAAACAGAGAGGAGGACUGGGAGUACAUAAUUGGCUUCUGUGAUCGAGUCAACAAGGAACUGGAAGGUCCUGAGAAAGCGAAACGUCUCCUUUUGACUAAAAUCGCCUGUUCACAGGAGUGGGAGGCGCUUCAAGCUCUGACGGUGUUGGAGGCAUGCAUGAAGAACUGUGGGAGACGGUUUCAAAAGGAAAUCACAAGAAAUCAUUUUUUAACUAACCUGUUUCGUAUCGUUUGGACAGAGUAUCUGGGCGACAGAACACCUCCAAAUGUGAAGAAAAGGAUUGUAGAGCUGGUGUGUAGCUGGACGGCUGCUUUUCCCAAUGAAAAGGAAUUUAUUAAGACCUUCAAGGCUUUGAAGAGCAUAGGCCUCGUGACGCCUGACAUGGUGCUCACAGUGGACAGGACUCUGAUUCUUUCAUCUCCAACUCACUCGAAUCACCCAGUGUUUGACAACAAAGACAUGAACAAGCUGCUUGCUGAGCUUCUUCGCAGUAAAAACCCAGAGGAUCUUCGGGAAGCCAACAGACUGAUCAAGAGCAUGGUGAAAGAGGAUGAGGCCCGCACGGAAAAAGUCACAAAACGAGCGCAGACUUUGGAGGAGGUGAACAACAACGUGAAGCUGCUGGCUGAGAUGUUGUCCCAUUACGAUAAGGACACAUCCAGUGACUCAGAUAAAGAGAUUAUUAAGGAGCUUUUUGAGCGCUGUGAUAAACUGAGGAUUGCUGCCUUCAAGAUAGCCUCUGAGACAGAGGACGAUGACGCCUCAUUAGGUGACAUCCUGCAGGCAACUGAUGAGCUCUCCAGAGUCAUUAACUCUUAUAAGAAGCUUGUUGGGGAGGAGCAGGUCGACAGCAGCUCUGAGGAUCAAUCUACAGGUGUUCAGAGUGAGAGUGCAGUGACCACUGAUACCCUGRUCGACAUCAGCGGCCUCGAUGACCCCGCCCCUCUCGAGCCGGUGCCCCCUCCCCGUCAGUCUUCUCCACCUUUUUUCACCAGUGACGUGACGCCCCCUAUCCCUGUCCUGCCACCUCCUCCCGGUAUCCUCCCGGGCAGCCAUCUUAGAAGGCGUAGAAGAACAURUCACCCCUCCCUGGACUCUUCCUCCCCCCCUCCCUCAUUACUCGAUGAUGAGCUGCUGUCUCUAAGUCUGAAUGACAACUCUACCUCCGUAGAAAGUAGCAAACAAACAAAACCCAUGUUGGAAGAACUCUCCAGGUCGUGGACUUCUUUGCAGGCUCCAGCGUCAGGUGUGGAUACMUUUGGGGGUGUGGCCUGUUCGAGUGUAGCAGUGGCCCCACCUGAAGCAGCUGCCGCACACAGUUUGCAGAGGCUCCAGGAUCUGGCAAUGAYCUGCUUUUCAGAUCUCAAGAAAUCGCAGCCCAGACCACCAGGCRCCACGGGAAGCAGAUUUGGGGCACAAGCAGCACCUUCACCUCCCCUCAUACCCAGCCAGGGUGCUCCCUCUUCAGCCGUCCUCUGCCACUCAACGCCCGGCUCYCCUGCUCUGUCUCAUUCCAAGGCARAAAGCCUGGCCAUGGCGCCGGGGAGCCCACUGUUCCACUCUCUGUCCCCUGGUCCACUACAUUUCCACGGCAGCCCAUCCAGAGGCACAGACGCCUCCCUCAGCAACGUUCACGUCACUCUGGAGGCGAUCAAACCCAGUAAAAUCUUGCCUGUGACAGCCUAUGAUAARGAUGGCGUUCGUGUUCUGGUUAACUUUGCGUCUGACUGUCCUCCCAUGAGGCCCGACGUGUUAGUCAUGGUGGUGACCACGAUCAAUACAGCGCCCCUACCUGUUCACAGUGUGGUACUGCACGCUGCUGUGCCCAAGUCAAUGAAGGUAAAGCUGCUGCCUCCAUCAGGAACAGAGAUGGCACCGUUUAACCCCCUGCUACCUCCAGCAUCGAUUACUCAAAUCCUGCUGCUGGCCAAUCCAGCGAAGGAGAAGGUGCGUUUGCGCUACAAGUUGACCUUCACACUGGGAGACCGUCUGUGCGAUGAGGCUGGGGAGGUGGACCAGUUCCCCCUUCCGGAGACGUGGGGUCAUCUGUAGAAAAAGAAAAGGAYGGUUCUUACUCUAGAYGUGAUCCCAGAAAAAAAAAACAGGAGAAA